GUUCAAUUGCAUUCUAUGCUAUUCCGUACAUUUCUGGUAAUGUAAUGAAGUGGAAACGUCCUGUAAACAUUGUGCUAUACGCGGUGGUUUUUCUCGUGGUGGAGGCAGCCGUCCCUGCAGUGAGACCUGAACGAGACACACUGGCAGGGGGUAGGGUGGCUCGACUAGAGGUAAAUACUGACCUAUGUAUGGUGAAAGGCUAUCCGUACAUAUGUGCAGAUCAAAAAUCGUGUGUGAAAGAAAAUCAGAUUUGCGACGGCAAAAAGAACUGCAUGGACGACAGCGAUGAAGCCGACUGCCCAGAGUCUGGAGGUCGAAAGGGUGGGGAUGGUGACGGUGGCGAUACUGGCGGUGAUUGCAGUGGAAACGCUAAAACAACCCAGACAACAGGCCCCUGUUCCAACCCAACUGCUAAAGUAGAAUGUAACAGUGGUCUGGGCGAUCUCCGGCAACAGAUGUUGAACGCUCAUAACUACUACCGUUGUCUACACGGUAUCACUAAACCUCUAGUUUUAGCGGACGAUCUAAAUAACUACGCCCAAGCCUGGGCCGAGGAAGUCGCUGCUAUGCCGGUUGAGCCAAAAGGUCAUGAAGUCCAUAGCACUAAUCGGGGAGAAAACCCACCAGAUAGAGGAGAAAACUAUUUUUCAUUCGCUAACGGUUACACUCAUCCGACUGAAGAUAAAUUAACAGGUGAAUAUCCGGUGUCUAUGUGGUAUUCAGAGGAAGUAAAAUGGGACUACUCAACCAACAGUGCUAAACCACCUGCCACCGGAAAUGACGUUGGUCACUUCACAGCAAUAGUGUGGAAGAGUACAUAUGAACUGGGUUGUGGUGUGGCUACCAAGCAACUUAGCUACGGGCCGAAGUUUUUCAUCGUCUGCCAGUACAGAAAACCCGCCAACAUUGGUGACCCUGCCAAGAACGUGCCAAAAAAGCUUUACUGAAUACUUAUUGGUCAUCGCGGUUCCACAAGUUUUUGACGGUAAACCGUUGAUACGUAAUAGAUACGUCACGAUACCGUAUAACAAUCGAACAAAAUAAGCAGCACGUAACUGUUUCAAUAUAAAUAUUUGUAAAAUGCAAUAAAAAUACCGUAUUCA